AUGAAAAGUCGCUACUUUACACCAAAUGAGGUUUUAGCACAUAAUUCACCCGAAGACUGUUGGGUCUCGUUUCUUGGACAUGUUUGGGAUCUCACACCAAUAUGCGCACAGAACAAGGGUAGCAUACUUCUCCAGCCAAUCUUAAACGAAGCUGGUAGAGACAUAUCGCACUGGUUUGAUGCAAAAACUGGUGACGUUCGACAUCACAUUGAUCCAGUUACGAACUGUUACGUACCUUACACCCCGUUUGGUCGAUUUGUUCACAUACCACCACCUUAUCCAACGACAGAUUGGGCUACAGAUUUCGGUAUACCUUGGUGGAAAGAUGAGAGACUGAUUGUUGGAUAUUUAACUAAGAAGACAAGGUUUGUACGUAUUUUCAACACACUUGCGCUACUUGAACACGAAAUUGAGUCAAAAAUAUAUUACUAUCUCUGCCAUUUGAUCAAAUGUGAAAUACCUCUAGCGCCGAAUUCAGUGACUUAUCAAACACAAUAAUACAAGAAGAUAGUUAGUUCAUUAAACUCCUCUGGAUAUUUGUUUUUGUGUAAAAAUAAAAGUAUAGCAUCGUCAAAAAUUAAAAGUAGGAUAACUACUUUU